AUGGAGAUUCAACACUUCAGCCAUAAACAUCCCUUGACAUUCAAGAUCAUGAAUCCCAGCGACACCAAUUCAGUCAGCUGCUAUGCCUGCAGAAAAAGCUGCGUCGAUCUGAUUUAUAGCUGCAAGGUGUGUAAUGGACAUCACCUCCACAAGUCCUGCGCUGAACUGCCUGAAAAGAUUACCGAACACCCCUUUCAUCCUGCCCACCCACUGCCUCUGGUGUUCAGUGGCGGGAGCUAUGCUUGCUGUGGCUGCGGUAAAUGGGAUAGUACCCUCCUCUACUGGUGCAAAGCCUGCAACUUCACCCUCAGCCCAGACUGCGCCCUGAAGCCCACGCUGAAGUACGAGUUCUUGGGUCAGGGGCAAAUCAGGCAUUUCUUGCACAAACACCCUCUGAGUUUCAUGGAGACGAAGCUCACAAACGCAGCAGGGGAUGUGUGUUCUGCGUGUGAGAAGAGCUGCUCAGGCAAGAUGAGCUAUUACUGUCGGCAAUGCCCGAGCUUUAAGCUGCACAGGUCCUGCGCUGAGCAGCUACCACGAGCAAUCCAACACAUCUUCCAUAUGCAGCAUCCUAUGAUUCUGCGAGCCAAAGAUUACACGUUUGAUCGCCCAUGCCACACCUGCAAGAGGACUGACAAUGCACUGACAUAUCGAUGCAGCAUGUGUCGUAUUGAGAUGGAUCCCACUUGUGCUCUAGCAACCUCGACUAAUAUAGCGUAA